AUGUCCUCGCUCGAGGCGAUUCGCUACGCGCGCGGAAACCUCGAGCUGCUCGAUCAGCUCGCGCUGCCGCUGGAGACGAAAUACAUCGACGUGCGCGACUGCAACGCGUGCUGGCGAUGUAUCAAAGAUAUGAACGUGCGAGGAGCGCCGGCGAUCGCGAUCGCAGCGGCGCUGGCGCUGGCGGUGGAGCUAGAGGCGAAGCGAGGGACGCUGACGACGUGCGAGGCGGCGGAGGCGUUCGUGCGCGAGCGGUUUGAUCACAUGUACACGUCGAGACCGACGGCGGUGAACUUGGGGGAGGCGAAAAAUAGGAUACAAGCACUCGCAAAGCGAUUGAGUGAAAGCGGAGACGUGUCAGGGAUGAUUGAAGGGGUGAUUGAAGGAUGCGAGGCGAUGCACGCCGAGGACGUGGCGUCGUGCAGAGCCAUCGGAGACAAGGGUGCUGCGGCGCUGUUGCGCGCGUGCGGCGCUAAAGAUGGAGAAAAUAUCAAAGUGAUGACGUGCUGUAACACUGGAUCGCUCGCGACGGCGGGCUACGGUACUGCGUUGGGGGUGAUUCGUGCUCUUUGGGAGUCGGGGCGACUCGAGCGGGCGUAUUGCUUGGAGACGCGGCCGUACAAUCAAGGGUCGAGGUUGACCGCGUACGAGCUGGUGUACGAAAAAAUUCCAGGGACGUUGAUUUGUGAUAAUAUGGCGGCGGCGCUCAUGGCACGAGGAGACGUGGACGCGAUCGUCGUGGGUGCGGAUAGAGUCGCCGCAAACGGCGACUUUGCUAACAAAAUCGGCACCUAUUCGCUCGCGGUGAACGCGAAGCAUCACGGAGUGCCCAUGUUCACCGCAGCACCGGUGACGACGUUAGAUCCCGAGACGGCGACUGGGGCAGAUAUUCACAUCGAAGAACGACCGGGCGAAGAAGUGACGCACUCGCUCGGUAAGCGUGUGGCGGCGGAAGGAAUAGACGUGUGGAACCCAUCCUUCGACGUGACCCCUGCGGCGCUCCUCACGGGUGUCAUCACGGAGCACGGUGUGAUUGAAAAGAACGCCAGUGGAUUGUUUCCCGUUGCAGACUUCGUAGCUCAAGCAAAGGGAGGUACA